AUGUAUCCCCACCCUGGUGCCCCGAUGGCACCGCCUCAGAAGCCGGAAACGUUUAUGCUAUCGACCGAAGCCCAACAAAGUCUGCCACAUGACGCGCAAGUCGCCCUGCAGCAAGUGGAUAAUUUGAAAUACUUCCUUCUCUCGGCCCCCGUCGACUGGCAACCCGAUCAGUUGAUUCGCCGUUUCCUCCUCCCCACGGGGGAUUACGUCUCGUGUAUUCUCUGGAGCAACCUCUUCCAUAUCUCCGGUACCGAUAUCGUACGAUGCCUCGCGUUUCGAUUCCAGGCCUUCGGCCGUCCCGUCAAGAACUCCAAGAAGUUCGAAGAGGGCAUCUUUUCCGAUCUGCGCAAUCUGAAGGCGGGCACGGAUGCCACUCUGGAAGAACCUAAGAGCGCAUUCCUGGACUUCUUGUACAAGAACAACUGUAUCCGGACCCAGAAGAAGCAGAAGGUCUUCUAUUGGUACAGCGUGCCCCACGACCGGCUCUUCCUGGAUGCGCUCGAGCGAGAUUUGAAACGUGAGAAGAUGGGCCAGGAAGCCACCACUGUGGCGGUCAGCGAACCGGCCUUGUCUUUCGAAUUCGACUCCUCCCAGUCCCUAUAUGAGCAGUUGACCAAGGCACAACAAGCCAACUCGUCUUCGUUUGCUGCCCACGCCCACGCAAGUACGACAUAUGGCCAGCCCAGUUCCCCCGUGGUUCGGACCGUUGACGCAAUGCCUCCUCCCCAGAUGGCUCCCCCAGCGAUUCCGCUCCUUCAGGACGAUUCGGCCAACCCGACGAUGUACACCAAUCCCCCGAUGCCGUUGUCGAACAAUCUAGUCCAGAGCAUUAUUAAACGCGAACAAGACUACGGCCCCAUCCAGUAUGACCGUAGCGGAAUGCCCAUCGCCCGCAUCCAUCAGCGCCAUUCCUCCAUGCCGACUUUCUACGAGUACUCACCGGCCCCAUCGUUUGUCUCGUCGCAAUAUGAGGAUUACAGCAACCGUGGUCUGUCCUUUGAGCCAGUGACCCCACCGCAACAUUCAGUUGGACUUGGAGCUGAGCCCGCGUACAUUGCUAAUGAAGACACUGGCUUGUACACGGCCAUUCCAGAUCUUGCCAAUGGAGCGCCAUACAACAACCCCAUGAUGCAGCUACCGCCAUCGAACUUUACAGCCGGCCCUUACCCGACCGUGUCCCGGCCUUUUUCGUCCAAUGCCUACUCGGUUAUGGAGGGUUCCCCUACUUACAAGCAGCGGAGGCGGCGUCCAUCCGUGACCCCGGGUGCGUCUUCCACGGGCACGCCUGGCGCCGUGACUGGUCCUCCUCCUCACACUGCUCCCUCCACACAGCCCACCGCCUAUGCUGCGCACCGCCCCAGCGACCUGAGGCGGUCCGUGUCCAGCUCGGUGGCUCCAGUUACGGAGGGAGAGGAAACUGGGCCGGAUCUGUCGCGCAGCUACCCAAGCGCCGUCCUUCCACAGAAGGAUCUGCUGCACGAAAUCUCGCGUCAUGGGACCCCAUUGCAGAAUAUGGAGGAGUCUCAGCACUCCAUGCCCUUGACCAAUGCCCCUGAUGAUCUGGCAGCUCUUCCGACUAGUGCAGCGAUUGAAACAGCGGUUCAAAACAGCACUGGCCGAUCAGACCGUGCGGGUCCUGGCCCUGCACGCCGUGCCAGGAGUGCCACAAUGAUGGAGCUAGGACCAUACCCCCAGAAGUCCCACUCCUGCCCAAUCCCAUCGUGCGGGCGACUCUUCAAGAGGCUAGAGCAUCUCAAAAGGCACGUGAGAACACAUACCCAAGAGCGACCAUACCCUUGCCCAUACUGCAGCAAAGCCUUCUCCCGCUCCGACAACCUUGCACAGCACCGUCGCAUCCAUGAAGCUCAGCAGGAUGGCCAAGCGCCCAUUGCAACAGAAGACGACCUCGAGAUUGAAAAUGACGGGAAUGAUUUCGACUCGGCUGGUGAAGACUCAUCCCCGCCAAUGCAUCAUGCCGCCCCUCCCCAUAUGGUCCAGAUGCCGUCCAUGACGUCCAUGGCUACAUCCAUGAGCAUGCCCUCUGCAUUAUCGACUAUGGUUCCUGCACCCCAGAUGAUCACGUCUCAGCUCUUGCAGCAGCAGAUGUAA